AUGGAUGAUCCGAAACGUCGUAUCGCGGAGACUUUGCGGCGUAUUGCGGAAGAAGAGCUAUUGUGCAGUGACCAAGGCCCGAAGAAUCAUGAGGAAGACUGUGCUUUGGUUACCACAACGGCCCCAUUACACCUGAACCAGUCGCAGGUGCAGCUUUUUGAAUGGGCGAAAUCCGACAGAGUGGACGCUAUCAGUGAGCUCAUCGCGCAGCAUCGAUGCAACCUGAACGUGCAGGACAACUACAAUCGGACUCCACUGCAUUUCGCAGCGAGCAGCGGAAACCUGGCCACAGUCAAAUUGCUGGUCCAAAACAAUGCGGUUAUAGAUGUGACUGACAAAUAUGGCAUAACUCCCCUCCUGUGGUCCGUGUACAAUAAUCACAAGAAAGUUGCCGUGUAUUUGAUUGAAAGCGGAGCUAAGUACAACAAAGUCACAAAGCAAGGUCAAACUAUUGUGCACUUUGUCGCGGAGUCGAAUGCUAUUGGAAUCCUAAAGUAUCUGUAUCAGAAGUAUCAUCUGCUGGAAAUCGAUAAAAAAGAUAAUGCAGGUUUGACACCUUUCAUGGUGGCCGCUUUUCGCGGAAACGAACUUCUACUGGAGGUCUUCAUUCGACAAAAAUGUCACGUUUUGAACAGGGACAAGGACAGCGAUGGAAAGUCCGCGCUACACUAUGCCAUUGUGGAAAAUCAUCAGGAAGUUGUUCGCCAGUUGCUCAGUGCUUGUGCCGAUCCAAAUGUUGAAUCAAAUACUAUGGACGCACCGAUCAUCGAGGCAUCACGACGUGGAUAUCAUUCGUGCAUUGACAUUUUGUUGUCUCACGGCGCCCAGAAGGACAAAAGAACCAAGCGGGGCCAAACACCACUUCAUUUGGCCGUUGAACAAAAUCGACUGGAGACGGUGGAGGCAUUGCUACUGGCCGGUGCAAAGCUCGAUCCACGUGAUAACGAUGGACUCACUCCACUCGAGGUAGCAGCUCGGGCUUCAUAUACAACUCUGGUUGAUAUGAUCAUCAAAACAGAUCGAUGGAGACAACAAUAUCCUGUAAGCGUUCCCAUUACUCUCCCACAAUUGAUCAAUGUGUUGCACUGA